AUGGCUUCUUCAAGCGGAAAUUCAUCUGGGUCGACACAGAUCCACCACUCCGGAUCCGAUGACGGCAUGAUGGACCAGAGGAAGAGGAAGAGGAUGGAAUCAAACCGCGAAUCGGCACGCAGAUCAAGGAUGAGGAAACAGAAGCAUAUGGAUGAUCUUAUGAAUCAAGCCAACAACCUCAAGAACAAUAACGCCCAGAUCUUGACUACCAUCGAUGUAACCACACAGCGAUUUGUUCAAAUCGAAGCAGAGAACUCCGUUUUGAGGGCUCAGGUAAGCGAGCUCAGCCAGAGACUAGAUUCGCUCAACGAGAUCUUGAAUUACAUCAACACAAGUACCAAUUGUACAACCAGUCAAUGCACUAAUGGGUUGUUUGAGUUUGAUUUCGUGGAUAAUCCAUGGAACAUGAUGUAUCUUAAUCAACCAACUAUCAUGCCUUCUACUGCCGAUAUGGUUGGGUACUAG